AUCGCAAUGAAGAAAUACUGGAAAUCUGCGACAAACAAUCAGCAUCGGCAUCAUCUCUUUCAUGCAUCUCGAUUCAAGACACCACACGGUUCUUGGCAUAUAAUGCAGAGGUGUACAAAAUUGCGCAAGCACGUUUAUCCCCCUCAUAACAUUCUAUUUAAAACCAUCCAUCCCCGGUUCUGCGCGCUAGUAAUUUCAACAGUCUCAGUGUCAUACCAGUCCUAACUCUCGAGCGUUCGAGUGAUUUUUAUCGUGUAGUGACAGACAGUGCAGUAGUUCAAAUUUCACAAUGUCCGAGGGCAACAAACGUAACAUUCCCAUCAAAAUGGGAGAUUUCAGUGUUAUCGACACGGAAUUCAGCAGCAUCAGGGAGCGAUUUGACGCAGAAAUGAGGAAAAUGGAAGAGGAAAUGAGCAAAUUCAGAUCGGAAUUGAUGAACAGGGAGUCCAAUAAUUUCUUCAGGAGUACCACAAGCACAACGACACAAUCCAGUGCAGGACAGGACUUAGCUCACCGACCUUCAAAUGAUGUUAGGACAUGGUACGAUGACCUAAAUUCGCCUCUAAUUCAGGAAGAUGGUAACAGCAAGUGCCUUAAAUUGAGAUUUGACGUUAGCCAGUACGCACCUGAAGAAAUCGUAGUCAAAACCGUUGACAACAAACUUUUGGUUCACGCUAAACACGAAGAAAAAACAGAAUCAAAAUCCGUAUACAGAGAGUACAAUAGGGAAUUCUUAUUACCCAAAGGAACAAACCCUGAACAAAUUAAGAGCUCACUGAGCAAAGAUGGCGUCCUCACCGUCGAAGCUCCCCUUCCCGCUAUUACUGCAGGAGAAAAAUUGAUUCCAAUUCAACAUUAAGUUAUUUUUUUUAAUUGUUUAUUUAACAUCUGUUCACAAAGCUUUGUUAUGCAAAAAAAUGUGAAAAUUUUGUAAAAACCAUUCAUAUUUAACAACUUGUUUAUAAAAAAAAAAAUUGAUGCUAACAUAUUGUUUUGUUAAACUUUUGUCAUGGUCGAUGGUUCGGUGUUCAAUAACCAGCAAAUUUCACCGUAGUGUAACAAAUUGUCUCAUUUGUAGAUUAUUUAUAAAUAAAUUAUUUUUAAUCUCGUACUUUUGUUCUUUUAUUUAUUACUUUUGUCAUAUGUUACUUAUUCAUAUCAAGCUAGAAGUACAAAAUUAUUGUGUCUUACAAGAUAUAUAAGUAGUGCGUAUUAUUACCAAUAUAAUGUAAUAUUUUGUUAAAAUAAAAUUAAACGCUUUCUUU